AUGGCGGCCCUCAAGGGCCAGGCGUCGGCGUCGGCCCUGGCCUCCGAGGUCGUCGCCGCGGCCGUCGAGGAGGUCUUCGACGAGGCGCCGCCGGCGACGCCGCGGCCCGCGUCGCCGCCGGCGGCGUCGCAGCGGUCCAUCGAGACGUUGCUGUCGCCCAAGUCGCCGGCGACGCCGUCGGGCCGGGCCCUCGAGGGCCAGGAGUGCCUCCAGUACAUGCUCCUCUUCGAGCGGCAGGCCGCGGGGCUCGACCUCGACGCGCUCCAGCUCGGCAGCGUCCGCGUCGACGUGCCGCGCGGCCCCCAGGUGAAGAGCGCGCUCCGGUCGGCCGCGAAGCUCGCGACGACGGCGCUGCGGCGCUGCGAGCUCCUCGAGGGCGACGUCGCCGCGGAGAAGGCGCGCGUCGCGGCGCUGCGCAUGGACCAGGACGUGCUCGAGAAGCGCCUGGCCAUGCUCGAGACGCGGUGCCACCAGUCGGAGAAGCGGUGCUCGAAGCUCGACAUGCGCGCGGACGAGGCGGACCGGCGCCAGGAGGCCGACGAGCGCUGGAAGCGGACGACGGAGGAGCGCCUCGAGCGGGCGGAGCAGCGCCUCGAGUCCGCCGACGCGGAGUCGAAGCGGAAGAGCGAGGAGCUCGCGGACGUGCAGCGCCAGGCGCGGACGACGCGCCAGUCGAUGGCGCGCAUGUCCGUGGCCGGCGGCCAGCGCGCGACGGUGAGCGCCGCCGCGGCGACGUCCCUCGCGGCCAUGCGCGAGGACGAGAGCGACGGCGAGGACCAGGGCAGGAAAAGAGAGCGAAAUUCCCAACUUCAGAGGCUCCUAUCUCGGUCGUUUUCCACUCGCGAGGACGACGACGACGAGCCCGUCGCGGAGCUCGGCCGCGCGGCCGCGGCGCCGCCCGCGGCGAAGCCGCGGAACCGCAUCUCCUUCGCCGCGGCGCUCGCGGCGCCGCCCGUGCUCGCGGCGGCGGCGGCCCCGAAGCCCGGCGGCCCGCCCGCGGCGGCGUCCGCGGCCGCGGACGCCGAGGCGCUCGAGAGCCGCAUCCGCGAGCAGAACUACAUGGGCGCGGCGCUCGAGCAGGACCUCGAGCGCCUCGCGAAGAAGCAGGGCGACACGGCGCAGAUGGCCGCCGAGGUCACGGCGCGCGUCAACCUCGCGGAGCCCCGCAUCGCCAAGCUCGGCGAGGCCGUCCAGGCCGCCGCCGCCGCCGCCGAGUCCGCGGGCAACAAGGCCGAGUCCGUCGCGCGGACGCACGCGACGACGCGGCGCCUCGUCGGCGACGUCAAGCUCGACGCCGCCGCCGCCGCCGCGCCCGAGGCCGCCGCCGCCGCCGCGCCGGAGCCCGCGGGCGAGGACGCGGGCAAGUCCUACGAGCAGAAGCGCAAGGAGAAGCGCGCGGAGCGCGCGGCCGCGAAGAAGCGCAAGGCCGAGGAGGCGUCGAUGACGCCCGAGGAGCGCGCGCGGCGCGCGUACGAGGCGUCCGCGGUCACCGCCGCGGCGCCCCCCGCGGUCGCCGCCGCGCCCGCGGCGCCCGCGCCCGCCGCGGCGCUCGAGGCCCUCGCCGCGCCGCUCCGCGAGGCCGCGGACCUCGCGCUCGAGCGCGCGUCCGAGGCCGACGACAAGGCCGAGCGCGUCCUCGCGCUCGCGCUGACCGUCGAGGCGACGUGCGACCGGGGCCUGCGCCAGUCCGCGGCGGCCAUCGCCGCCGCCGAGGCCGCCGUCGAGGUCGAGAACGCGAACGCGAGCCGCCAGGGCACCAUCGAGGCCGAGCUCCGCGCGCUCCGCCGGUUCCAGGGCGAGUUCGAGUUCAAGCAGGAGAAGUACGCGGAGCGCUUCGAGGCCGGCGCCGCGGAGCACCGCGGCGCCCUGGCGACCUGCGAGGGCAUCGCCGACGGCCUGGAGCGGCGCUGCGACGACGUCGACGCGCACGUGCGCCGCAUGGCGGACCACGAGGCGCGCGACGCGGGCCGGCGCGAGCGCGAGGCCGCGCACCUCGACAAGCUCGCGGCCUGGGCCGCGGAGCAGGUCGAGGAGGUCAACGCCGCCGCGGGCCGCAUCGACGCCCUCGAGCGCGUCGCGACGCGCGCGGCGACCGAGGCCGCGGACCGCGCGACGCGCCACAACCUGCCGAACGUGCUCAAGCCCAUCCUCCGCGACUGGCUCGAGCACAGCGGCGUCGGGCCCGGCGUGCGCCAGGACGAGCUCGUCGCGCGCCUCGGGGCCAUGGAGCGCGAGCUCGACGCGCUCGUCGGCCGCGUCGCGGACGGCGCGCUCGAGCCCCGGCGGCCGCACCCGCCCGCGGGCACGACCGCGCAGGUGUGCAUCUCCUGCAACCGGCCCACGGGGCCGCACCCGGAGGCGUCGGACCCCUUCGACGUCCUCGACUUCCUCGGCGGCGGCGACGCGCCGCGCUUCGUGCCCACGCUCGACGUCAAGCACGCCGCGCCCGCCAAGGCCCCGGCCCGGCACCCGCCGCGGCCCCAGUCCGCGCCGCCGAAGCGCGGCAAGCUCAACUUCGUCAACGGCAAGUGGCAGACCGAGUCGCCGGCGCCCCGCGGGCCCCCGUCGUCCGCGGAGAAGAUGGACCUCCUCCUCCAGCGCCAGUACCUCUCGCCGUCGCCGCCCGCGGACAAGCCCGCCAUCCACUACAAGGUCCCGGGCAACCGGCCCACGACGCCGCGCGCCAUCGUCGCCGCGGGGCACCAGGCCCACCACCGGCUAUAA